UUCAAAUUAGUCACAGGCUACCACUAAUUAACCCAGAUUAACCACUUUUAUUGUACAUACCAAAUGCAAGGGUUCAACCAGUGUUAACAGAUGACAAAUUAACCUCCCUACGUGUUGCGAAUGCUUCAGAUGAAACACUGGAAGACAAGUUUUCUAUUUCAAGAUUACGCUGAGCACGAAAACUCAACUCAAGCAUGCUCGCUUAGAAUGUGAUCAACAGAGCAGCACUGAGUUGUGGUGAGAGGCUGAAGCAAAUUCAUCAAGAUAUUACAACAAUGGAUACGGUGACAGAAGAUUUUGCGCGGUCGGAUGUCGACGCUGAGAUGACGGUGCUGACACCUGAAGAUGUUACCGAGCAAAACCUUGAUGCCGCUGACGAAGUCGAGAACCUUCGAAACAGUUUACGUGAGGCUGUCCACGACGACAAUGUCCGGCCUAAGAUGCAGUGCCUGAUGAUGGACUCCUCCUUCUCCAUGGUAACUAUGCAAGGCGAAGACAGCGGGAUCGCAUGGGAGACAACCCCUAGUCGCUGCACCACACCAUGGGCAUCUGAAGCUGCAAGCCCAGUGGUGGAUCUCAGCUCUUCGGCUGCAGUAAGGCCUACAAAACCUGGGUCUGGUCCAGCAGGAAAGAUAAUCUUUGUCAUGGAUGAGGAGCUGAUUUCAAGACGGAAGAAACCUAAAGAGAAGGUAAACAGCCAGAAGAGACCACGAGAAGUCCUUGUAGGAAGCUCUGAGAACAUCUCAGGAAGGCCAGAAUUAGUGGGAUUCUCAGAGCCGAAUGUGAAAACCGAAGGAGAAGGAACCGAAGAAGAACCAACUGAGCCUCUGGAAGAUAAAGAGCAAUGGCUAUUCAGCUUAGUGUCUGAAGGCUCUGAAAUCCUCAACAUUGUUGUUCCUCCUAAACUGGCUACUGUGGAUGAGGAGGAGAGCAAAGAAAUGGUGGAUAACUUAUCUUACCUGGAGGAGAGCCCUCUUCCUAAAGCAAAUGAGGAGACCAUUGAUAAUGAGCUGCUGACCUUAACAAAUGCUCCAGCAAGAGGUCAAGAGAUAAAGGCAUCACAUGCCAUAGGUCCACGUAUCAUGGAUCCGCCAGGGGCCCCAGUGGCCAGACCUCCAGUCAGAGGAGUUGCUGGAAAUGUGGACUACUUUGAGGCUUUCACCCUGAUUGAUGCCCAGGCUCCAGGAAGUCCUGCUGUGAUCACACAGGAAGGAGUGAAACCAGAGGCAGAGGAUACCGCCAAGAGUCAGGUUACUGAGAAACCUGUGCAGUCUAAAGACACCACCACUAGAACAACGGUGGAUAAUGACAGGUCAGACACAGUCAGUCUAGAGGAAAUCACCAGUGAGCUUCUAGAUGAGGUCUUCUACGGGGGUACAGACAAUUACCUCAUGGAAAGUCUAGAUAGAGGGGUCAGAGCUGAAGGUGCGCCCACAAGGCUCCCUUCAAAACCAAGUGGUUCAACUUUGUUUGGGAGCCAAGAGGACAUCCUGACUCCGAUCUUUCUCCCCGAAGGACCUCCCAAAAUUAUCGACCCCAUUUUGCUGGAGGAGCCCAAAGCCAUGGCCUUCCUUUACACCGACCUAUAUGAGGAAGCAGUCGGCAGUAGACAAAAAGAAGAGGAUACAGAAAGUAUGACCUCUGAGAAAUCCUUCCACAGCAGGCAUUCAGACCGGGAGGCCAGGGGGUAUUUAGAGAAAUAUGUCCUGAUAGAUGAGACUCCUGCAGUGGAGGUGGUACCAACUCAUAAAGAAAAAGGCCCAGAAGAUGGUCCUCGGACACUGACUCAAGAUUUGUAUGAUUUCGAUUUUCUGUCCAAGCCUGAAAAAGGGGAAGUGCCAAACUCAGAGGAAGAAAUUACUGACUUCUUCAGGUCCAGCGCCAAUUCUUCUCCAUGUGACGUGGAGCCUUUCCCUCGAUCACAAGAAGAGGACGACACACAAUCAGUGACAAAGAGCAAAGCUAAGACAAACAAAAGUGUCUCAAUAGCAGCAGAAAAAGUCACUGAAACCCCAGCAGAUCCACUGAGCAUCUCAAGCUUUGAGUUUCCUUUGGAGGAAUUAGACUGGGAAAGUACAGAUGAUCAUCCAACAGCUGUGGAUGAGAAACACGCCAGCGCACAUUCAGAUCAGAUGUUGUGGAAACAAGAAUUGGAAAUGCAAAAGCCAGUUGCCCCUCCCAGGAAAAAGGCAGCAUCCUCUCCUAAGGCAUGCCUGGACCUAACACCUCUGACUCCAGUUGAGGUUAUUGUACAGGAAACAGAAGAGGCUGGUGGAAAGGAGCAGAGGGAGGAGGAGAAAGAGACGGCAUCACCAGCGGAGACUGCUGACGAAGGAGAUGGAGACGGAGAGGAGACGAUGCAGUCCUCCUCCAAAGUUUCUACAUCUGAGAAUGCAUUGGCUGCAAAGGAAACUGAGACCGCACAAACUGAAAGUGGAAAGGAAAGCAAUGAAAUAACAGGCAGAGACACAAAACCUGCAGCAGCUGAAGAGAGAGACACUAAAACAGUAGAAGAAGAGGAAAGAAGUGAAACAGCUGCAAAACAAAAAGAAUCAGAAAAGGUAGAUACUAAAUCAUCAGAAUCGGCUAAAACAGAGGUUAACCCAGAGAAACAAGGAGAUAGUUCAGCUGCUUUACCAACUGAACCUGCUAAAGGACAGUGUAUUAUACUUUAGAGAAGCUACAGCAUUUCCAGUCAUUUUAAUGUGAAGUGCCUUGUUGUUGUGUCUUUAUGUCUCGUACAAAAUAGUCACUAUCACAUUUAUCAAGAGCUGAAAUUUAUUAGUUGAUUAAUUGGUCAGCAGAAAAAUAAUCAGCAACUAUUCUGAUAACAGAUUGGUUCUUUUUUUAUAUUUCAUAGACAGUGCUAUUAACUGAUUAGUUGUGAUAUAAUUGGCUGAUAUGAGUUGAUAAUGAAAAUAAUCCUUAUUUGCAGUCCUACACUGAUCAAAUAUCCAGAGGAUGGUAUUUUAAGUGAACCCCGUCUCUUUGGUAUAGCUGGCUGGUGAUAAUGCAUGAAUCACAGUGUGUUUGAAGGGAGAGGUUUGGGUCAUGAGUGUGAAUAAAAAAGGGGGAAAGUGCAUGUGUUUGUGUGACGUUCGGGGGGAUCUUUAGUUAUAAAUAAACCUGUCUGGCUGUUAACCUGACACCUCGUCUCAACUAGGAGCCUGUGUACUGAGCACCUACUUGUAAACAGUCAAAAAAAAAAAAAACCCAUACAUACAUGCAAAGGUGUAUAUUCACACAAGCUCUUUUACUUCUGAUGGAUUUCCUAUGCUUAGAAACUUUGUUUAAUCCUUAAUGUUUCCAAAGACUGCCAUGACUGCAAUUCAUGCUAUAUUAAAACAGACAUUUUAACACCAAA